AUGAAAGUUACACCUGUUAAUCUAAGUGAGUUCCAUGUUAAAGGUGAGCCACUAGAUGGUCUAGUUAAUAUUGAGGAACAUUCUUGUACAUGCCGAGAGUUUGACAUUGAUAAGAUUCCAUGUGUUCAUGGCGUCGCGUCAUCAAUUUAUCGUGGAGUAGAUGUUUAUAGUCUAUGCUCAAAAUUCUACACGACUGAAUUUUGGAGGAUGGCUUAUGCAGAAUCUAUUUACCCUUUACUACCUGAAAUAGAAUGGCUUCUUCUGGAAGAGGUUAAGUCUCAAGUCAUUAUCAAACCAGUGAAGUUAAUUCCCCCAGGGAGACCAAAGAAUAAAUGA